CUUGACGUAAAGAUGGCGGCUGCUAGAGGUGUCAAGAAAUUAUACGGGAUCGGACUUCACGCAAUUCGUCAAAAUACUUCGUUAAAAGCUACUACGUUUCUCCAACAAAGAGCAUUUCGCGUAAAUGGAGCUCUUCGCCAGCAGCCGUUUGAUUCUUCAGCAGAGAAGCCGCAGUUUCCCGGGGCCUCGGCGGAGUUUGUUGAUCACCUGGAAUUUAUCCAGCCAAAUGUGAUCUCAGGAAUCCCUGUGUAUAGGGUGAUGGACAGACAAGGCCAGAUCAUCAAUCCGUCUGAAGAUCCUAAGCUUUCAAAAGAGAUGGUUUUAAAUUUCUAUCAGAAGAUGACAUUACUCAACACAAUGGAUCGUAUUCUUUAUGAGUCUCAGAGGCAGGGCCGUAUCUCUUUCUACAUGACCAAUUAUGGCGAGGAGGGCACACACAUUGGAAGCGCUGCGGCUCUUGAACCUACUGAUUUGGUCUUUGGCCAAUACCGAGAAGCUGGUGUAUUGAUGUACAGAGGCUUCCCUCUGGAUCUGUUUAUGGCACAGUGCUAUGCAAACGCUGAUGACCUUGGCAAGGGCAGACAAAUGCCAGUGCACUAUGGCUGCAAAGAUCUCAAUUUUGUAACAAUCUCCUCACCACUUGCCACUCAGCUCCCCCAAGCGGCCGGAGCGGCGUACGCAGUGAAGAGGGAGAACUCAAACCGUGUGGUGGUCUGUUACUUUGGAGAGGGGGCCGCCAGUGAGGGAGACGCACAUGCUGGAUUUAAUUUUUCCGCCACACUUGAGUGUCCUGUCAUAUUCUUCUGCCGCAACAAUGGUUACGCUAUCUCCACACCGACCAAUGAGCAGUACAGAGGAGAUGGUAUUGCUGCUCGAGGUCCAGGAUAUGGACUAAUGUCGAUACGUGUAGAUGGAAAUGAUGUUUUUGCAGUGUACAAUGCCACGAAGGAGGCACGACGUAGAGCGGUGGCUGAAAACCAGCCCUUCCUCAUUGAAGCCAUGACCUACAGAAUCGGUCAUCACAGCACCAGUGACGACAGCUCUGCAUACCGCUCAGUCGACGAGGUGAACUACUGGGACAAGCAGGACCACCCCAUCUCUCGCCUGCGACACUACAUGACCGCCCGAGACUGGUGGGGCGAGGACGAGGAGAAGGCCUGGAGGAAACAGUCCCGAAAACUCGUCAUGGAGGCCUUCGAAAGAGCCGAGAGGCGUCUGAAACCCAAUCCCGAGCUGCUGUUCACGGACGUCUAUGAUGAGAUGAUUCCUCCAAUAGCCAAGCAGAGAGAUGCCAUGUGGCAGCAUAUCCAGCAGUAUAAAGAGCAUUACCCACUUGAUCUCUAUGAAAAAUAAUCCAUGAGCCAUGAGUGGACACAACUGGGAACCAUCUUGCACGUGUCAGUUUGUCUGAAUAGGUUUUUUUCUGCGUUUCUAUGGUUUUGUUGCAUUAAAAACACAAAUAGUGAAAGAUGUAUUGUUAUCCUCAACAUUUGCCACUAGAGGCCUCUGUACUGUCAUUUUGUGCCUUGGAAAACCAGGUAAAAAAAGGAAUUUUCAGAAAAGAACAGCCCAUGAAUACAGUAUCAGUACAUUGGCAUAAUAUAAUCAAUCCACUCAAUAGGCUUUCUUCAUUUAAAGCAUGAAAAUAUUGAGUGAUUACCAUGAUUUUUCUUAUCUUAUCAACAUCAAGUGUUGUUCAUUAAGUAUCUUUAGAAUAUGGGUUUUCAAAUCACUGUAAAUGUUCAGCAUUGGUUUCUUAUUUCUUCACAAACCACACUAAUAUUUAUUGAUGGUGAUGUUAGUGACACAUGCUUUGUGAAACGGUCAUUUUUUAAAUAUACAACAUACAGUUACUGUAAUGA